GCUUAAUUCACAUAUUUCAUCAAAUUAAAUUGAUUCUGCUGCUUAACUCAAUUUGAUUCACUCAGCUACUUCACAAUGACGACUAAAGCUAGUGUUUGGCGUAGGCUAGUUACUUGCUUAUCGUCCCUUAAGUUCUACUUGAACGUCUUGUGCCUCGUUGUCACUAUUUUUGUUCUUCUCCAAAUCUUUUCUUUUCAGCAUUCCCUUCCACUCCCUCCUGCACUCUUGACGUAUCUGAAAUACCAACCUGAACAAUUAAUAUCCGAGAACAAGACGGCUUACUUGGUUGAGAAGCUACGUGAAUCGGUGACAUUCCUUCCUCUCAAGGACUAUCGUUUCUCGAACAAACCACUCGAAGGUCAUACUUGGUUCAUGAGCUCUCUCUAUGAUAACCAAACCAAAGGCGAGGCUCAGUAUCAAGAAUUUCCUUCAGAUUCUUCCAAAGGAAGGCUUUUGUGCUUGAAAGGGGUUGAUGAGCAUGAUGGGGCGUGGAACUAUUACGCGCUGGCUUGGCCUGAAGCUCUUCCGAGUAACGCUGUUCUUCAGAAGGGCUUGACGUUUAUUUCUUAUAACCAGUACGAUUACGGUAACUUGUGGCAUGGACUAACGGCAGUUGUACCGUUUGUUUCUUGGAGCUUAAGAAACCAGUGUGAAAAGNUAGUUGUAAGUUUGAACUAA